GGGAGUGGAGAAAGAAAUUCUAGCGUGUGUCAUUCAUGAAUUAGAAGGAACAGUCGCGACCGCGUGUCCGUUCUCAACGGACUGUUCAGGGAUAUCGUUAAAUUCCGCUCAUUAUUUUAUCGCCAAAAGUGUCAAUUGCAGAAUAAUUAUUGUAAUACUAUGACCUCACGGCAGGACGAAUAAGGCAAAAUUAUUAUUUCGAUUAUUGAAUCGAAAGAAAAGAAAUGGAUAUAAAAUUUAAAUAAAUAAAAAAAUACCCGAAUAUGAUGGAAUAAAUUUCAAAACCUGCGGAGAAACGAUAAAAAUGUUGAAGAACUAAAGUAUUGAUAGCAAGUCGAAAAAAGAAGUUUUCGUUCUGGUUUGCCUUGUAGGUUCUUGAAAUUUAAAAAUCGUGAUUGAGAAUAAGAUUUAAUGGGAACGGAGAGGAAAGAAAGAGACAGAAAGGGCUGGUAAACCUUCGAGGUUGUUUGAAUACUACCUGAUGGUUACAUGAAGGAGUUGAAGAGUGUUCUCUCGAAUCUCGCCUUAAUUGCCUAGAGCUUCUUGUCAUUUUACCCAACACACAAAAUGCUCCCCUUCAAUGCACAAAAUUAUCAAAUUACAACUUUAACGAUUUUAAAUUAAUUAAGAGAUUAAAGUUGCCUUAAAGGAUUAAAAUUCUCCUUAAUUCUAGAAUUUGAAUAACUACACGAAACUAAUUGUAUUCAAAACAAGGGAGAACGAAGAGUGCGUACUUAAAACAAUGAGAGAGAGACUGUGAAUUAAAAAUAGAAAAGAGAAGAUUGGGAGAAUGCGUGUAAUCCACGAUAUGAAGAUGAGUUUCACAGAAUCAUGCAAAAGAAUGUUGACACACUGAUCUUUAAAAUUCUGGACGAGAAACAGUUUUUUUGAAUCUUAAUCCAAAAAGGAAGUUUGUGAAUACAAAAAUGAAGCGGAUAUUCUAUUGGAUAUUUUUACUCUUACUGACAAAAGAAGCUUCCCUCCUCUCUGGGGUGAAAAAAUGUUGUCAAGAGGAAGAAAGUCUACAAGAUCUGGAAGGAGAACUUUCGUGCGUGAAUUCAACACUUUUAAUCGAAUUAAAUAAUUUGAAUUCAAAGUCAGUGGGACUUCCAUACUGUGGAUUGGUGGGAAAACAUUUUUACCUCUCUUUGGACAAAAUACAUGAUGACAAUCUUUACACAUCAACUUCGGCCUGUUUGGAUCAUCUCUAUGACAAUCGAACAAAGAACAAUUUACCGGUUAUUGUAUAUUGCGAUCAGAAUGCGAGAGAUCUUCACGAUUCGAAGAAUUCGGUACCAACACCGCAAGUUCUCAGUGUCAGGAAAUGUUGUCCGAGUGGAGAAUACUUUGACAUAGAAGGGAAAUUAUGUGUUCCUUCACAGGAUCAAGUGAAUUUUAAGACUUUUCUUCAUCUUUUCAAAGAAGUCGAUUUAGUCGCCAUCGAUUCUGGAGCACCCGUAUGUGAAAAAACUCUCGUUAAUUACGUGAUUGAGUCACCGAAUGUUUACAAAUAUCAAGGAAAAAUACAGGCGAAAGUUCCUUGGAUGGAAGAAGCUAUAGACCUUACGAGACAGAGUGAUGUUGAAAACAUUUGUUUGGAUAUUGACGAUUCACGUAAUUUUCUUGUUGCGCGAACAUGCAAAGAUCGCAUCUAUUGUAAAAAUAAUCCGUGCUUAAGAAAAUGUUGCCCCGAAGGAGAGGCAUUUUUUUCCGAUACAAAUUGUACGAAAUAUUCAGGGAGUGCUGUUGAAAAUGAAUUUCAUUCGGCACUUGUCAACAUAUCAAAUUUCACAAGUUCCAAUAUCGAUACAAAUGAUUAUGGUCUUCUUGUGGGGAAAACUUGUAAGCACAGUAUGUAUGCCCUUAAUCCAACGGAUGGAUGGUCCAUGACACCGGAGGGCUACAUUUAUAUAAACUUAAUGGACAGAUCUCACGUUCAUGACGAAUAUUGUAUGGAGAUGUUUUACAAUUAUACCGACUACAGUGAUGGAAUAUUUCCAUUUAUUUGCUUCGAUGAAAUAAUUUACGAGACUCCGAGUCAUGUUCGUAUUCUCGAAGGAAUCUUCCAGUCAAUCAGUAGCAUUUGUCUCCUGAUAACACUACUGGUGUACAUUUGCAUACCUUCUUUGAGGAAUUUACAUGGUAAAACUUUAAUGUGCCACGUUGCUAGUCUUUUUACUGCCUAUGUUUGUCUGUCUCUGGUAACCCUCGACGUAUCAAGAAGUCAGCAUGCUUUGGAAAACGAGGAUCCUCAAAAACAGACUUUGUGCUCAAUUCUAGGAUAUACUUUGCUGUUUGCUUUCAUUUCAUCCUUCUCCUGGCUCAACGUUAUGUGCUUUGACAUUUGGUGGACAUUUCGAAGUACAAGGUCACCGAGUGGUACUACCCAGAGUAGAGGACAAAGGAAUAGAUUUAUUAUUUAUUGCAUUUAUGCCUGGGGUGUGGCAUGUUUAAUAACUUCCCUCUGUAUAUUAGUGGAUUAUACCAAUGUUGUGAAUUAUAAGGAUCGUCCUCAAAUUGGUGUGGAUAGAUGCUGGUUUUUGCAUGGUCUUGGCAUUGGAGAACUAAUUUUUUUCACGGGACCAGUGUCGAUCAUUCUAUUGAUAAACUUAAUAUUCUUCAUUAUGACUUCAAGAAAUUACAAUCGAGUAAAAAGUCAGAUUAAAAAAGUUAUGACUGAACCCACUGAUCAGAGGAACCGACGGUUUGAAGCUGAUAGGGAUAAAUUAGUCAUGAAUGUGAAACUUUUCGUUGUGAUGGGAAUUACUUGGAUAUGUGAAAUAAUAUCAAAUUAUCUGAAUAUAUUUCUGCCACAUCUGUUGGAGUACAAAUUCUUUUUAGUUUUCGAUAUAAUUAAUUGUCUUCAGGGUGUUUUUAUAUUUGCCCUGUUCAUAAUGAAGGAAAGAGUGUACAAGGCUUUAUUUCAAAGACUAUUUGACAAAAGUGAAACACCCAACACAAGUAAUACGAGUAAUAAUAGUAAUCCAAAAAAUGUGAAGAAAAGCUCCAGUAAUACGACAGUAAUGACCACUUUUACCACUACUCGUGAUGUCAAAUAAUUAUCAACUACAAACUUUUAUUCAAAAAAUCAAAUUGAUACUAAAGUGGAUUAAAUUGAUGCGAAAAAUUUGGGUCAAUUUUUUAUUUGCUUAGCAUUGGUAUCAAUUUGUCAAAGUUUGACACUUUUAAGUGCAUUUAAGAAUCACGUUGCAGACACAAAUAUCCAUUCAUAUGAGUAAAGACAUUGUCAAUUUGUCCUGAAAUUUUAAUUGACAAAAAAUACCAUUUUUAUCCACGUGAGAAACUAAUUUUUAAUAUCUAUGGAUUUUUGUCAUAUAUUUCGAUAGGUGUAUGAAGAUUAAUUUAUUAAUUUAUUAAGCAAAUUUGUUUUCAUGUAUACACAAUUUUCAUCGUGAAUGAAGAAAUAAUUGUUGAUAUAAAUCAAUAUUUUGAUAUAAUGUUAUAUGCGAUAAGUAAUUGUUUAUACCAAAGAAACUAUAAUGAUAAAGAAGAAUAUUCAUUCAAUUAUAUAUAAUUUAGCGUAAUUUUACGAAAUUUUAAAUAUUUUUUUACUAUACUUGUAGAUCUUUUUUGAGAACUAUUUUUUAAUCAUAUUUGUAAAAAAGGAAAAUGUCUUCUAUAUUACAAUAUUGCAUUUUUUUAUUACUUCACAGGAUAUCCUGUAAAUAUCCCGUAAAAAAGCUUUAUUAUACAUAAAUGUAUAUGUAAAUGUCUGAGCAUGUGCAUGCAGGUAUAUGAAAAAUAUAUAAUAAUAAUUGUUCCAAAAUGUCGCGCAGAAUACUUUUAAGUAUAUUUUUAAUGUGAAUUUGCCUAUUUUUUACUUUGCCAUAUAUACAAAAUAUCAAAUAAAAAGCAAAUUAGUAAAA